AUGGAGUCUAUAAAAGGAAUGGAAUAGUUAGAUAAAAAUAAUAUCAAAUACUAAUUUGAAUCUUAGAUUAACAGAUAAUAGUAUAAUAAUGCUUUUGAUUAUCUUAAAUAAAAGCCAAAUUAAGUCUUAAUUAAACAAUUACACAUUUCAUUAAAUAAAUAGUAAAAAAAUUCCUUUUAACUAAUCAAUGAUUAAAUAUCUGCUGUAUUAAUAGAAAAGUAAAAAAAAAAUAAGAAAAUAUUGAUAUUAUAAAUGAAAAGAUUCAAUUUAGAAUAACUCUAAAUCAAGAAAAUACUUUAUCAAAAUUUCUUAAAGAUAUAGUUAUCUCAAUCCCAAAAAGAUAACAGAAUGCAUAUUUUAUCAGAUUAAAAUAAAAAUUGUUAGUGAAGGAAAACAAUUUAGAAUAUUCUAUUUCUAAAGUAGCUUCUAUGUCCAAAAAAAAUCUUGUAUUUUCAAAAAUUCUUAAUGAAAUCACUGAAUCAAAAUAAACUAAUAUUUAAACAAAAAUAGAAUAAAUAUUUGAAGAUUAGAUAUUUACAGAUUACGAAUUUGAAAUAGAAGUAGCUUAGAUUAAAAAUUUAAAUGAUGAAUAAAUAAAAAAUAUUUCGAAAGAAUUACUAAACUAAAUUGAAUAUUUUUGGAAUAUUUUAAAUUUUAAAUAACUUGAAGAUGAAUAAAAAUCAGAAAAAAAGUUUAACUAUAUGAAAAUGAGUGAUUUAUUAUUUUAUUUUUAGUUUUAAUUAAUAUUGUAUAAUAAUAAUUAACAAUUAAUGAGUAUUUAAACCACACUUUAAAGUACUUAAGAAGAAUUAUCAAAACUAAAUAUAAUAAUUUAGAAACUUUCAGAAUAAGGCAAUUUAGAUGAAAUAACAGAGGGAAUGACUAAUAAGGAAUAAAUUGAACUUAAUCUAAACUUAGCUUAUACUUUAUCAUCAAUUUAUUAUUGUAUAAUUACUUUUAUUCAUAUAUAGCAUAUUUAAAAUUAAACUAAGUAGAAACUUCUACUCAUCCUAUUAUGAAUGAACUUACAAGAAUAUAAGAAGCUUUUUAAAAAUACAUGCCUUCAUAAGUUAAAUAAAGUGAUUAAAAACAAAUGACUUUAAAUAAAGAGGCUGCUAAACGUCUUGUAUAACCAAACUUAAAAAGCUUAGAUGACAACCAACAUUAUUAAUAAAAACAAAAAAAAUUAAUAGAGGAAGAUAAAAAUAAUGCUACAAGACUUGAAUAACCUAUAGAUAUUUGGAAAAAUGAAACAGAUUAGUAAGACCAAAAUAAACAAAAAUUAAUAAGAGGAAAUCUCAUACCAUAAACAGGUCAUUUAAAAUGGAAAGAUUAGAUUGAAAAGCUAAUGAAAAAGUGA